AUGGCCACCGAAUUUCCCUACUGCGAUGUCGUUGGUGUGGAUCUAGUCCCUCCAAGGAUCGACGGAGAGCUCCCACCCAAUUGCCGCUUUGAAAUAGACGACGCAAACCUGGGCUUUGCACAUUACACUGAAUGCUUCGACGUCGUGCAUGCUCGUGCUGUAUCAGCAGGGAUCCGAGACUUCCCGCAGCUCUUGCAAGAGCUAACGGCAACCCUCCGCCCAGGGGGCGUAUUGCUUCUGGGGGACGGUGAACAGCAGCUGUACGACGAGCACCGAAGACCAAUGCCCCUGAGCGAACUCGGCACGCCGGGAUUCUCUUGGGUCCACAAGAUCUUCUUCGCUACCUACAACGCCAUGAAAAACAGAGGCGGGAGCCCUGACUCCCCGAACAUGAAUCCGACAUGGCUUCGAACUAUAGAUUCUCUUACGGAUGUCGGGUGGCACAAGGCCUUUGUUCCCAUGGGCCCAUGGAGAUACGAUGAUGAACGCGAGAAGGUUCUAUCCGAGCUCUGUCGCGAGAAUUGUCUGCGCUACAUCUCAGGCCUGGCGCCGUUACUCCUGAGCGAGGGCUAUCUCCCCGAGAGCGUCGACAAUAUGUGUCGCGAAGCAACGGCGGAGUUGCGCGAACUUCGCACGCACCUCUACACACGAUGGAACUUCGCGUGGGCCGUGAAGAAACCACCGGCACGCGAGCCUAUCGCUCCCGUAAGCUGAUCGCUGACAGAGAGUACAGAAAGGGAACAGGUUCCUGGACGAUCGAUAGAUAUGUCUGACAACUUCAUACCGCUUAUCGUAUUAUUGCCAAGUGUGUGCAGUCUCUUGUAUUCGUCGUCUUAUACUUUGCUAUGGUGUGUCUGGGCUGCAUGCUGGUACAUUGAUGUCCUCCCCACACCAAAAGUGGUAAAUAAUAGAUGUCGAUAUUUAUUUAUUGCGGAUUGCAGAAACGUUCUGUGCUGUCAAUCAACUUUGUUUGACGUU